CAAGUGGACGCUGAAGAGAAAGGACGUCUGUGCAUCUCUUCUCCUUCCACCCUCUGUUCCUCUCACAUCCCCGCUGGUCAUGCCUGUAUUAGAUGAAGAACCGGCUGAGGAGGAGGAAAACAGUCUGCCCACCUUACCAGCCCCACCCACGCCGCCCAUUCCGCCCACCCCGCCCACGGUCACCACGCCCCCAGCAGACACCCUUACCCUAGCUGUGCCAACCUCCUCCGCCACUGACGCCCCUGUGACUGCCCUGCGACGCUAUUUGGACAGUAUGCCACAACACCCAUCUCCAAGGAAAGAGGUCUCCAGCGGCGCCGUGUGGGUUGCAAUAAGAGCAGAAGUCAUCGCAACCUUCCUUAUGACCAUCACCACGUCCUGUGUUGCUCUAGCCCCGCCCCGCCCGCCCCUCCUUGCACCUUGCGCCCAGCCAGUGGGCGUCCUUUCAGAGUCGCGGCAGGAGAGUGGGUGGGCGUGGGCGAUGGGGCACGGCCUGGUGAUGGGCGGGUUGAGCUGGGCGGUGCGGGCGGCCCAUCUCUCGCCGCCCACCAGUAUUGCUCUGCUUGUCACGAGAAAGGUGUCAAUGGUGCGCGCCGUCCUACACCUGCUGGCUCAGGUGUGUGGAUGUCUCCUGGCCGCCCCCGUGUUAAUUGGCCUCCUCCCACGGUACCCCAGACUCCCCCAGCUCGCCCCUCACAUCACCCCGGCGCAGGGCUGGGGGGCCGAGUUCCUGUCAACUGUGCUGGUGACUCUCGUGUCCCUCUCGGCGUACCAGACAAGAGCUGCCAAGACCACGCCUCUCUUUGACACCACAGCUGCCCUUCCUAUCACCACCGCCCAUGUUGUUGCUGCUGUCUUCUGCGCUGACUACACCGGGGUGGGGCUUAACCCAGCUCGCUCCCUCACCCUCGCUGUCGUCACAGGGGCAUGGAGGAACCACUGGGUGUAUUGGGUGGGGCCUACCCUAGGGGGCGUCCUGGCAGCCUUCACCCACGAGUACACCUCCGCCAAGGUUCCCGGGGGCGCACAGGAACCCCCACAGGACCCCCACCUCUCCCGGGACACCUCCAAGCCCUCAGCUCUCACCUCCUCCCUCGCCUCCCCGUGCUAAGGACUCUCCGGGCAGUGUCACGAACACCUUCCCCUUCUGCUGUCUCGACGCACACUGACUGACGCUGACGUAAUCCUAGUCUUGGUGAUUUGUGACUAGUGAAUUCGUUUAGGCGUUUAUUUAUUAUUAUUAUUAUUAUUGCUAUUAUUAUUAUUAUUAUUUAUUAUUCAUUUAUUGUUUUUAGAUUAUUUCUUAUAUCGAUAUUUUUUUUAUGGAUUUUAUCUAUUAAUUCAUUUUUCAGCAUAUUUCUUCAUUAUUGCAAUCAAAGUUUUUAAUUAUUUUUUUUCUAACAUUAUUUAUCAUCUAACAUUUAUGCAGUUCACGAUUUACUAUUUUCAUUUUUUUUUUUUUUUUGCCAUGUUAUUUCUCUCCAUCGUACCAUCGAGCGUCAAUUAUCGUACACUAGCAUAGCAUACGAUACCUCUCCCUCUUCCUUCCUUCCUUCCUUCCUUCAUGUUUUCCCUCUUAGUAUUAAUGAGUAGAGUUCCUUGGCAUCAUUUUAACAUUACCUAACUCAUUAUUCCUCUAACCCAGUACCUGCCGAGAGAGAGAGAGAGAGAGAGAGAGAGAGAGAGAGAGAUACCAUAGUCACCCAUACAUUCCUCACCCCUUAUAGCAAUACAUCCCCCACCCCCAUAAAUACCCUAUAGAAUACCACCCAUACACAAUUUAAACCUAUGCACUUCCCCAUAGACAUCGUACCCUCCUGGAAACUAUCGUACACUGAGACACCCCCCAUACACAAGCAUACAACACCCCUACACCUUCCUAUACACCCCAUAGACUACACAACCAGCCAUUCAACACCAAAAUAGAGUAGUAUAACCCCCCAUACACCAUUAAAUACGCAUAAAUACCCCUAUAGAAAAAUCGUGUUAUUUCUAGAUAUUUUAACUCUUUCAUCCUGUUUACAGUGUCUAUACAGCCCCAUAGAUAGACCCAUACCCCCAUAGCCCCUUCCAGUCCCCCAUACAUGCCAUAAACAGAGGACCAUAAUAGAUUAGGAUUAAGUAUAUGCAAACUCCCGUCCCUUUCUGUCCGUCUAUCUGUCUGUCUGUCUCUACGUCCAUUCUAGUACAUACAUACAUAUACACACACACAGGUACAUGUUAUCGUAUUGUGGUAUUAUCGUACACCUACACACACACACACACGCGCGCGCUCAUAACCAUCAUACAUUUUAAAGUAUUGAUGUAUAUACACUCACACACACGAAAAAAUAUAUAUAAUAAAAAAAAAGUUAUAUAAGAAGAAAUCUCAGAGUAUUUUAUUAGGAAUCACAGUAUUAUUGUAAAUUACUUACCGGAAUGAUGAUGAUUACUAUUAAAAAAUAUAUUAGUUCUCCUUUUUGUUGUUGUUGUUGUUGUUAUGUGUAUGUAUGUCUGUCUUCGUCUGUGUUGAGAAGAUUCACACACACACACACACACACUAUAAUGUAUGUUUAAUGUCUUGCAAAACACACACACGUACAUACAUACAUACACACACACACAGUCUAUACAAAUUAAUAAAAAAAACUCAAAAAUAAAUAAAUCACGCUAACCAAUAAGAGUUGACCAGACAGAAGCACAAAUCAGUAUUAAUAAAAUGACCAAGACAAGAUGAUAACAAUAACAGGAAAUAAAUAUCUAUUGACAAAA